UCGUGCCGGCCUGAACCCCACAAACCGUUAUGAUUCGAUCGCUUUGUUUAAAUUGAAGUAUGCCAUAUACGAGCAUUAUUGCAACCACAAUCAAACAUCCUGUUUUACGAAACCCUUUUGUCUGAUCAGUUACAUUGGAGAAAUUAAUGAUGAAGGACGUUUCGAAGAACAAGUUUUUGCCAUGUUUUAGACCUGUUGUUGUUGAUCAUGUGGACCUUGUGCUCGAGUCUAAAGGUGCUGUAGAGAAGGAUUCGAUGAUCAAGUCUUCGACUUUGGAGGGUAAGAAGUCGGAGAAUCCGAUGACUGUUCGUCCCCCAAAACGAAAACUUUCUCGUGCGAUCAAAGCCGUUGUGUUCGAGAUGAUACUGGCCAAGCGAGCUCGUGAUCGAAGAGUUUCGCGUGAGAAUCUCCGUCAAUCAAAACAGGUUUCGUCGUCAACGAAUAUUACUGUAAGCGAUAAUGACGAUGCUUCGAAGAACAGGGUAUUCGAUAGUCCUCGAGAAAUCAAAUCGAAUUCUGGGUCUUCUUCUUCAUGGUCGUUUGAUUCAUCUUCGUCUCUGUCAAUUUCAAAAUCCGAAUUGAAGAUUGAUGUUUCGAAAGACAGAAAAUCAAGUUAUUCAAUAACUCUCAACUCUGGCAUUUAUUUGCUGCUUUUGAGUCUGACUUUGACAAUCUUGUGGGGUAAGCUAUGUGCGAUUCUCUUCACUACAAUUUGGCUUUACUUGCUUCCUCGCCGGCGCACAAGAGAUGGGUUCAGGCCGGAGACCGUGAUAACGCCGUCGACGGAGACAGAGUCUACGGAGUAUAAAAAGAAGGUCAUAAUGGAAGGGCUACUUGAAAGGAACCACCACAACAGAGGGCGAUAGAAGGCAUUGAAUUUCUGACGUGAAAAUUCUCUUUUUCGUGUUCGAUGCAUCUUCGUCUUAAUUGUCUGUUUAGUGAAUUGAAGAUUUUAAACCGACAGAAGAGACAAGAACCAGCAGUACACACUACACAGACACCAAUUUCUUGUGUUGAGUUUGCUUUUGGCCUUUCUAAAGAGAUGGCAGAGGUGUACACAUGGCAUUCAUUAUCCUGAUCUUUUUAUCUUUUUUUUUUUUCCUAGGAAGUGUAGGAUAUCUGUUUGUUAACUGUUUAAGCUAGUGUAGACAUUCAUGGAUACGUCCAGCCAAACCCAUCAUAUAAGCUACCGUCAACGUUAGUUUAUAGGCUCAAAAAAUAUAAAUUCCACCAACAACUUUAUUUCAAAAAUACAUUAGUGUAUUUCCGUGU